AUGACUGUGGUACAGCUACUGUUGUUCGGGGGUUUGUGGGGCGCUGUGAGAUCGUCUGAUCUGGCUGUAGUUACAUGUGGUUCUGUGGUCAAGCUACUCAAUACGCGCCACAACGUCCGGCUGCACUCACAUGACGUGCGCUAUGGGUCAGGUAGUGGCCAGCAGUCAGUGACAGGUGUCACCUCUGUGGAUGACAGCAACAGUUACUGGAGGAUACGUGGGAAGACAGCCACAGUGUGUGAAAGAGGAACUCCUGUCAAGUGUGGCCAACCGAUUCGGUUGACACAUGUCAACACUGGUAGAAACCUUCAUAGUCACCACUUCACCUCACCUCUUUCUGGAAACCAGGAAGUUAGUGCUUUUGGUGAAGAAGGUGAAGGUGAUUAUCUGGAUGACUGGACAGUUCUCUGUAAUGGACCUUACUGGGUAAGGGAUGGUGAAGUGCGGUUCAAACACUCGUCCACCGAGGUACUACUCUCUGUCACUGGAGAACAGUAUGGUCGACCCAUCAGUGGGCAGAAAGAGGUACAUGGCAUGUCCCAGCCGAGCCAGAACAACUACUGGAAAACCAUGGAAGGCAUAUUCAUGAAGCCCAGUGAGUUGCUGAAGACAGAGGCACACCACGCAGAACUCUGA